AUGAACUUUAAGAUUAUUCCGACAACAAAUGUUGAUAAAACAUCGAUAGAAGAGAGUGCUGAGGCGGAGAAUAUUACAAAGAAUUUCUUUGAUAUUCAAUCCCAUAUCGACGCUUUUAAUGAUUUAAAAUCACAAACAAAUCGGAACGCACAUAAACAUUCUCUCAGACUCCCUUCGACUUCUCACAACAAUGAAUCAAAAUCAGAACGGGAAUCAAAAGCAAGAAGGCAUCAGAAGUGGCAACAUCUGCUCGGAGAAAACGAAUGCAAUGAAGCAAAACAACACACAAAUGGAAUCAGGAAGGAACUAAUCCAACUUCUCGUGAGUUCUCCAUCAAGCAACUUAACUUGA